UAGGGUGGUACCAGAGCGUGAGCUGGGAGCCGCCUGUGCUCCUGAGUGCCUCUGUUGGCCGAACCGACAGCAGGGACUAGGGACUGGGUCUGAGCAGCACAACCGUCUCCCAAUGCCUCUGGCCCCUUCUAGAGGCCAACAGCAGGGUGGGCGCCACUGGCAGCCGUGAGGUCCAGCCUCUCUUCGGUGUGCCACAGAAGCCUGGCCACCUGACUGGUCUGAUCUGGGGACUGGGCCUAGUCCCUGCUGGCUGUUGUAAGCAGUUAAAGGACUCUCGUGGCUCCCAGAGCAAGGGUUACGCCCCAGCAGCUUCUUGCUCUCUUAAGGCAGGGGCUGCUUGCAGCGCUGGCCCCAGGACCCAGAGUCAGGUUCUGAGGUGCGCCCCUCUGGGUCUCGCAAGCGGUGGACUUGAGGCUGCAGCCGUCAUUGCUUCUACAGUCCGUGCAUGUUCCUCGCUGACGUCAGUCGGAGCUGUCCUGGAGCUAUAUAAGGUUGGCGGCGGUCCCAGGACAGACCCCGUGGUCCCCACGGCGCCCUCAGCCCGCCCGAGGGACAGAGACCGGACAGAGACUGGAGCCCCGUCCUGCGGCGUGCACACUCUCUGGCAACCUGGCCGGCGGCACCAUGAAGCAGGGGGGACACGCGGCGCUGCUGGUGGCGCUGCUGCUCCUGGCACAGCUGCGCCCGGGGAGCAGCCGGUGGAGCCCGGAGGCGGCGGCAGCCGGGGUCCGGGACCCGAGUCUGCGCUGGAGCCCCGGGGCGCGGAACCAGGACGGCGGGGCCCGCGCGCUGCUCUUGCUGCUGGCCGAGCGCUUCCCGCGCCGCGCGGGGCCCGACCGGUGGGAAUCCCGGACCGCGGGCGAGAGACCGAGACGGGACGACCCUCCGCUGUCCAUUGAUCUCACCUUCCACCUGCUGCGGACCCUGCUGGAGCUGGCGCGGACACAGAGCCAGCGGGAGCGCGCCGAGCAGAACCGCAUCAUAUUCGAGUCUGUAGGCAAGUGAUCGGCGGGGUCUGCAGCCACGAGAACCUCGACCCCCGUCCCCCACCCCCGGGCCGGGACGUGCGCGACUGGAACUGACCCAGUCCCGCGGGCUAGAGCAGCCCAGGGAUGCCCGGAGCACUCUGU